CUUAAUAACAAAUUCCAAAUAAUUUACCAAAGGCUGAACAGAAGGGGGUAGAUUGCGCAGACAGCAAGGUUUUUCCCUUGGAUGUGAAGAUUUUCUCUUGUAACUUGUCUUUUAUGGAAAGUUACUAUAUUCAAUAAGGAAGAUAUUUUUUUCGUUAUUAUGAUUUUUGCCUACUUUCUUCCAGUUUUUAUACUUUUUCCCUUGGGAUGGUGUUCACAGGUGAGCUACUGUCAAUGUCAUCAGCCAGUCACUAAUGAAGAAUAUGGGCAGGAAGUUACACAUAGACAGACCAGGCAUGUUCAGCAUCAGCGGUCGACAAGAAGGCACCGCAUAAGAGGCUUAAAAUCAGAUGAUUUUCCACCCCGUAUUAUCGAACACCCUUCAGACUUGUUUGUGAAAAAGGACAAACCGGCCACAUUGAAUUGUCGGGCAGAGGGCAAUCCACAUCCCACAAUAGAGUGGUACCGUAAUGGAGAGCAUGUGGAGACCAGCACAGAUGAUAAGAACCAACGUUCCUAUGUUCAGUUGCCAGAAGGGCCACUUUUCUUCUUUAGUCUUAUUCAACGCAAAGGGAAAUCUGAUGAAGGGGUUUAUACUUGUGUGGCUAGAAACCAUUUAGGAACGGCAUAUAGUCGAAAUGCUUCUCUUUACGUUGAGGCUCUGAGGGAUGAUUUUCGUCUAAAUCCAUCUGAUACAGUUGUGGCAGUAGGGAAACAACUUGAGAUAGAAUGUGUGCCUCCAAAAGGACAUCCUGAGCCCAAUGUUACUUGGAAGAAAGAUGGGAUUCCAAUAUACCAUAACAAUAGUCGCUAUAUGAUUUCUGCAGGCAAACUCUCUAUUGGUAAAGCACUAAAGACGGAUUCAGGACUGUAUUCCUGUUUAGCAUCGAAUCAAGUGGGAGAAAGAGAGAGUAAAGCUGCCACAAUCUCUGUACUGGAGAAACCCAUGUUUAUGAAUAGACCCAGUGAUGUGACUGCAAAGUUUGGAAGCACAGUGCAAUUUGGUUGUGGAGCACAAGGAGAUCCUAAGCCCAUCAUCCGAUGGAGCAAAGAAAAAGGAGACCUUCCACAAGGGAGGUAUGAAAUUACCAAUGAAAAUACUUUACGGAUCCGAUCUGUAACCUUAUAUGACUCUGGAAAAUAUAUCUGCACUGCAGAAAACCAGCUAGAAUCAGUAUCGGCCAAGGCAUUGUUGACUGUUCAAGAUCCAUUGGAUACUGGUCAGAUAGAGAGAGAGAAACAAAUACAUAAAGAAUUAAUGGGUGUUCAUGUUCAUUUAGACAACAUUACGGCACUUCCAAGUUCCUCAGUCUAUGUGCACUGGCAGGUGUUAACAGAAUCUCCUUUCACUGAAGGAUAUAGUGUAUUUUACCGCACACUUACUUCUUCUGAUACUGAAUGGACAGAAUGGACAAAGUCUAGGAUCACUGAACACAGCACUGUUAUUCCAUCUCUGAGGAGGGGACAGAAAUAUGAGUUUAAGAUCCGACCUUUCACUGGGAAAAACUAUGGACCUGAUAGCAAUAUUAAACAUCUCAGAAUACCCGAGGAAGUUCCCAAUAUUGCUCCACAGAACAUCAAUGUGACUGCAGUGGAAGGAGGAAACGGUACAAUAGUUGUGAGCUGGGAACCCCCACCAAAAAAUAUUCACAGCGGUAACAUAAAAGGUUAUAAGGUCUGGUGUUUUGAGAAUGAAACAUAUCCUAAAGCAGACUGGAUAGUGGAUGAAGAAACCAAGAGUCUUGAAAUCCCCAUGUUGACUUCCGGGGUUAAAUAUCAAGUCCAGGUAGCGGCUAUAAAUGACGCAGGAAUUGGAAUGCCAAGCAAGCCUAAAUACAUAAUGAUAGACUCACCAGACGUAAAGGAGGUAAAAGAUGAAAAUAUAUAUUUUGAGCUUAUCCUGCAGGUUGUGCGCCAUCCAGCAUUCAUUGGAACUGUAGGAACUGUGGCUUGGAUAUUAUUAAUGGUUGCAGCCGUGUAUGUGUGCCAGCGGCAUUCUAAGCGAUAUAGCAAAAAACAGCACAGCAUAUUAGGAAACAGUCUCUACCGGUUUGCAAGUGAAGAUACUAUAAUAAAGCACAGGAUGGACAUUAGUGAUUCCCCAUGGCUUUCACACACAUGGAAAUCCGCCUCCUGCUCCCGAAACUACAGCAGCACAAUCAGUAUGAACAGCCAAUUACUGUGGUCUGAAACCAAAGACACAUCAGAUUUCAAUAAAUCAACAAUGUCAUUUGAGCGCAAAAGUGAAGGCAGUCGAAGCCAAAUCAUCCCACUGGUGCCAGACAGCAGCAGCAGCUUAUAUGGAACCCUGUAUGUUGACCUUCCAGGAAAAGAUAUGACCACAUUUCAGCGUCCAUCUUCUGACAAAUCCCAAGGCAUGGGGCGAUAUUUUAAAACUCCUGACCCUCUUGGAUUGCCUCAUCACAGGCCAGUGCCAUCAUAUUUGAAUGAUUUCAGUGGCAGCAAUGGCAUGUAUGGAGGCACUAAAAGCAAGUUGCCAUGGCAACCAAAUAUCCACAAUUCUCCUGAUAUCUCACUCAAGGAAUCAUGGAGCAAAAAUUACAAAAAAGAGUUACAACAUGCUAAUAGUGCUCCUUUGUCACCUUAUUGUCAAGCAAUCAAACUGGGUAACAGUGUACCAAGCAUUCAGCAUUUAAACAUCAACAAAGUAGGAAAAGGAGACUAUGCUCAAGUAAUGAAGACUUUCCGUUCUCCUAAAAUCCUCCACUACACCACUUCUCUCCAAGUGAUGGAUCAUCUACCAUAUACACCUUCUCUUCCACCGCCUCCAGUUCCUCCUCCAGAUAAAAAUCCAAUUCAUCAUGACAAGGAUAAAAUCAGUGGUUGCAGUGCCUCUUCAUAUUAUGUGGCCAAUCCAGAAAAGCAGAGCUAUAAAAUCAACAGCAAGAAAAAGAUUCCUCCUGACACACUGAACAUUAAACCGGCGACAGAAUGCUUCUCCUUAAAUGAUGAUGGUGAUAAUGUGUUGACUCCAGAAGAUGUGGCACAAUAUCUUGAACUCAGUGAUCAAGGGGAAAAUACAAGGCAUACAGCAGAAUAUGAUUCUUCCCUUCCAAGGCCCUUUUCACCUCCUCAAACAUAUGGCUACAUAUGCAGCCCGUUACCUUCAGAAGCUGAUGCAGUUGAUGAAGAUGAUGAUGACCUUGAUUUAGAGGACAUCAGUUCAUUAAAGUCUUAUCGCAAGUACUGUGAAACUCCAACCUCCAGUAUCAGUGAAUAUGAGAGCUCUAUGGCCGGAUCUCUUGUUAAUGGCUGGGGUUCUGUUUCAGAAGAUAAUUAUACCAGUGCUAGAUGCAGCAUGGUCAGCUCCUCUGAUGGAUCCUUCUUAAUGGAUGCGAACUUUGCCAAGGCUCUUGCAGUUGCAGUUGACAGUUUUUGCUAUGGUGGAUCUCAAACUGAGACUGCUGGAAGAGAUAAGUUUUAUGCAGAGCUUUCUCCAUCAGUGUCACCUUUGGAUGGCAUAUUAAUGCAACAUAACAGUGAAAAUAUAGAUGCUACCAAAAACAAAUCCAGAGUUAAUCACUUGCCUGUAUUAGACUGGAACAUUGACUGGAUGGAUGAAAUGGAAGCCAAGUACAGCCGGAAAAAUGACAUGAGACAUAACUUUCCUUUUGAUAAAAAGAUGGAUCCUUUCAAGUAACCAUAUCUGAUGCAUCACUAUCACCACUACUGGAAAUUCACUUGAGAGAACCCAUAUCCUGAAGACUGUGGGUGACUGUGUUGUCUAAAUUCCCCAAUAAGAACAUCAGGCAUUACAUCUCUUAAGGGACUGAAGGUUUUUCAUAAAGCCAUGGGUUUUGAGAACAGAAAUGGGGAAGCAAACUGACUAUUUGAUGCAUAAUUAUACUGAUGUUAUCAUGUAAUGGAAUAAAGAUGUUAUUAUUUUGAUAAUAGAAAAUAAGUAAGUAUAAGUAAAAAGUAAGUAAGUAUAAGAGUGUGGAGUACACUUUACUAGAGUUGGGGUAUGAGCAUGUACUUGAAAGGCUCACUAAUGGCUUAAUUUUUGUCAUCCUUCCCACACCUAGCACUUGCAGCUACCCUACCGAAAUGACCCCCGGGUACCUGCAGUUUAUAUUCUGUCUGUUCCACAGAUUUUGUUACAUCCCUUUGUUGAAGGGAUGUAUAUUUCCUGUGCAUUAACAUACAGGGGAUCACUUUAUAGUGUCCUUUUUAAUCCAGUAUAUUUAUACUAACAUAGUACGGAUUACUCUAACAUUUCCAUUAAAUAUAGCAAGACAUUUCUUAAUAUUAUGUCAAUGAGGGUCACAUUUUAAUAAUAUAUUAAUGCUAUCUAAAGCAAAUACAUUAGAUGGUUAAUUUUGUAUUACCAGGUGAUGUGGGCCAUCGCCUCUAGUAAAAUUAAAUGUGUUGCCUUUAAAUUUGGACUUAUUUUGUAGCUAGAAAUAUAUAAAAUAUUUUUAUAUGCUUUUUUGUUGAAACUGGUUUCAUUGAAAUGCCUCUGUUGUAACAUACAGAAAAUAAUAAAUUCUUGUCAUUGA